AUGGAACCGCAUCACAACUUUGCCACGGCCUACAGCCCGUGGGCCAACAGCACGGUCGACGUGGUUAAGCGUCUGAUCCUCAGCGUGGUGAAUCUGCGUGCCGACGAGUGGCACCACCUGAUCCCGCUGGUCGAGGGAGCGCUCAAUCACUUGCCCAGCGACAUGUUGGGUAACGAAGCGCCGGUGACAGUGUUCACGGUGCUGCUUGCGUCGAUGCCGCUCAUUACAUUCCUCCACCCACGGACAAAAGUAGUCAAGAAUGUUGACUUCCUGGAGGGGCUCAGAAAGAAGCAUGUACAGGAGCUCAAGGCUGCGUUAGAUCAACUGAACCGGGACGUCGCGACUUCUGGGACCAAUAAGCGGGCCCAAGCGCGCGCACUUAACGACAAGCGCCGGGGGGUGACCUUGUUGACCUUUACGUCUGGGGAUUUUGAGCUGGUUGGCCACGUGUGUCGGGAGCCCAAAAAGUUGACUCUGAACUGUCAAGGGCCGAGAAAGCUGCUGCCGCCGUAUGGCCUGUCGGCCCACUACAUAUACCGGUUGAAGAUGUACAGUGAAGGUGGCCGUGAGCUCGCCGAAUACCUUGUGGAACACAUUGUAUUUGACGAUCAAGGGUUCCAUGUGGCCAAGUUGGACGGCCUGCGGAAAGUGGAUGGGUAG